UCUUUCUCAAUCCCUAUAGUCAGUUCGGAAAAACAAGGUCCCAGUCGCUCUAUCUCUCAGGUGUUGAUCAGCUUUAAAAAAAUUUUGCGUACUAUUGUACGCAAUUUUUUUAAAAAUGCUGUCUACAAUUGCAAAACGUACCUUAGGGUGUGGAUUAAAGAGUGUGCGUAAUGAAAUAUGCUUACCAGCAAUAACACAAGUACGUGAUAGCUCCCUGGAGACUCAGGGCAAGAAAGAUGUUAGCAAGCUGGAGAAGAAACCGUACAGUCCGUUUCAAAAUACCAACAAUUUAGCAGAGUAUGCGUUGGCACGUGUCGACGAUCUUAUUAACUGGGGUCGAAAGGGUUCGUUGUGGCCACUGACAUUCGGGCUGGCUUGCUGUGCUGUCGAGAUGAUGCACAUUGCAGCUCCUAGGUACGAUAUGGAUCGCUUUGGAAUAGUCUUUCGAGCUUCUCCAAGGCAGGCUGAUGUUAUUAUUGUUGCGGGUACUCUUACCAAUAAAAUGGCACCGGCUCUGAGGAAAGUUUAUGAUCAAAUGCCAGAGCCCAGGUGGGUCGUAUCCAUGGGAAGCUGCGCCAAUGGAGGAGGAUAUUAUCACUACAGUUACUCGGUGGUACGAGGAUGUGACCGGGUUGUUCCUGUGGACAUUUACGUACCUGGUUGUCCCCCAACAGCAGAAGCUCUACUUUACGGGCUUCUCCAGCUCCAGAAGAAAGUGAAGCGUAUGUCGGUAGCCCAAGUGUGGUACAGGGCUUAAUCAAAUUUAACAACAAAAUAAAGCGGCUCUGAUUGAUUUAUUUAUUUGUAGUCGACUUAGUCGCGGUGACUCCAGCGCUACUAAAUUAAAAAAAAUAUACUAAUUCUUUUUUAAUGAAUUAAUUAAUUAUUUAUUAGCAGUAAAUUAACUGGUAUUGAUAAGAUGUUUAUAGCAGAAUUGUAAAAAUAAAAAAUGUUGAAUAAAAAUAUUUUACGGUUAAUUGUAA